GUGCCGGGGCUGUGAAGCGCGGCAGUCUUUCUCUGCUUGGCCGCGCCUCGCUUCCUCUCCUCCCUCUCGGCGGUGCUUCCCGGCCGGGCUCCGCGUCUUCUUUCCGGCUGUAGGGAGUCUCUCGUUACUAUCUCUGUCUCCCUCGCCCCCCAACCGGGUGCUCUCUGUAGGCCGUCUCCUCACUUCUCUCGCCCCUUUUAGAUGGCCGGAGAGCUUCCCAUUACUUUCAUUGGGGAGAAAUAAGAAUGAGGAUUAUUUUUAUUUAUGCUCUAUUGAAAGCAUUGGCUGCCCAACUUCAGUGAACUCUGGGCAGCGCACAAUAGUAGGGGGAAAAUAAUAACAUCCCAGUUUUCAGCUGCAAAUUUUGUCUUCCGCUUACGGCACAGCCAGGUCCUUCCAUUUCCAGUCGUCUUUCCCCAAUCUGGGCCUUCCAGGGGUGUUGGAAAAAAAAACACCUCUUACAGAAACUUCCAGGUUACUUUCUCAGGGAUGACUCAAUUAGGUGCCAUUGCAGCUUUGGCUGCUAGCUUAAUGGCAGCUUCUCUUUUUUCUGCAAUACACAAGAUUGAAGAAGGACAUAUUGGUGUUUACUACAGAGGAGGAGCACUUCUGACAUCUACAAGUGGACCUGGUUUCCAUCUAAUGCUCCCUUUCAUAACUUCCUAUAAAUCAGUACAGACCACCUUACAAACAGAUGAAGUAAAGAAUGUUCCAUGUGGCACAAGCGGAGGUGUGAUGAUCUAUUUUGACAGAAUUGAGGUGGUGAAUUUCCUGAUCCAAAGUGCAGUCUAUGAUAUAGUAAAGAACUAUACUGCAGACUAUGAUAAGGCUCUCAUCUUCAACAAGAUUCACCAUGAGCUGAACCAGUUUUGCAGUGUUCACACACUUCAGGAAGUUUAUAUUGAAUUGUUUGAUCAGAUUGAUGAAAACCUAAAACUGGCUCUCCAACAAGAUCUGACAACUAUGGCUCCAGGACUCAUCAUACAGGCAGUUCGAGUUACAAAGCCAAACAUCCCAGAAACUAUUCGGAGAAAUUAUGAGCUCAUGGAGAGUGAAAAGACAAAACUGUUGAUUGCGGCUCAGAAGCAGAAAGUUGUGGAGAAAGAGGCUGAAACAGAACGCAAAAAGGCUCUCAUUGAGGCAGAAAAAAUUGCCCAGGUGGCUGAGAUAACAUACGGGCAGAAGGUGAUGGAAAAAGAAACAGAGAAGAGAAUAUCUGAGAUUGAAGAUGCUGCGUUCCUUGCCAGAGAAAAAGCGAAGGCGGAUGCUGAAUGUUACACAGCCAUGAAGAUAGCAGAAGCCAACAAGCUAAAACUGACCCCAGAAUACUUGCAGUUAAUGAAAUACAAAGCGAUUGCCUCUAACAGCAAAAUCUACUUCGGCAAAGAUAUACCCAACAUGUUUAUGGAUCACGCUGGGACUCCCACUAAGUUUUCUGAAGGGCAGGCAGAGGAGCUAAAAGAUGAAAGUUGGCUGGAAGCAGGGGAAGAUUUGUGAAGUCAUGAGCAGCCAGAAGGACAGCACAAUCCUUGUCUGAAUCCAUCCGAACUGGCAUUUGGCUAUUUGAUGUGUGGUGUCUACCUUCCAGAAUGUGAUGAAGCACUGAACCUACUAGGCCAGAAAGAAGAACACCCUCUGUUCUGUAAAGACAGCCUGAAGAAGCACUGCAACUCAGUCUUCUGACUUCAUCUUUCUUAGCAGUCAAGAUAUGCUGCCUUAUUGAUCUUUGUGCCGAUUGAGGGAGCAACAGUGAAUCAUGGUAAAAGAAGAGGCAGCGUGCCUAUGAUUGACUCUGCCUCCACUUCAAUAAGAUGAAGCAUGCUCAAUUUUAUUUUUGGAGCAAGAGAAGUCUUUUCAUGUGAGAAACCCAACUAUCCCCUUAUACUUGUACAUAUACUACAGGUCAAGUCCACCACAUAGGAAUUUUCGGGGGUGGGGGAGGAUUGAAAAAAGAACUCGCUCCCUCUUUUGGUAAUGGCAAAUUAGUCUUGAUAUAGCCCAACCUUAUUCCUUCUAGAAGUUUUGGGACUUCCAACUCCCCGUGAUGUAAGUUGUUGGAGUAACUGGGAAGUCCAUGAGUUACAGUCCCAACCCUUCUGAAGGGAUAAGGUUCAGUAGGCUGAUUUUUUUUUUCAGGGGGGGGGGACUUUAUGUGGAUGAGCAGAUCAUCUCUGCAUGCUGAAUUAUUUGCAUUCAUGAGCAUCGUCUCCAGUAAUUGGAUUUCACUAGUCAUCAGUUGCAACCUAUUCCUUCAAAAAUAAAGGUGCUAAUUUUGAAUUUUUUAAACAAGAAGUACACUACAGAUUAAAAGCCUUGGAAUAGAAACAUGGAGCAUUAAACAUUAACUAAAGAUAUGUCAGUUGGUGCUUAUUUCAAGAUCUGCAGAGCACAUCUAGACCGUAUGUCCACCUUCCUACCCUGUAGAAAUUGGUUGGGACACUAUGGGACAAAUGUCAGAUGAAAUGGUUCUUUUGUCCUUACAUUAAAUGGAGAAGUGCUUGUCCUCUGUCUGGAAGUUCUUCUAUAAUAAUAUGCAGUUCAUAGAGGGAAUCCAU